AAACAUUGCAUCCGAGCCCCAGACUGACGGUCAACUGUAGUAGUCACCCUAGGCUCUCUGAUGCAAAUGCUGAACUCAUAACACUAUUGAGCAAACAGCUUUCCAAGCAGCACAUGAUGGAUGCAGUGCCGUCACUGGCUCUGACACCUCGAGGCACCGGAGCUGGCUAUGGUGUUGGGAUGGAUUUGGAUGCUAUGUUAACUGAUGCUCAAGAUAAUGCAGGUGUUCGAGCGGAGCAGAGCCCACUGUCGUCAUCACUUCUGGCAGACUGGUUGGACAUCAGUGAAAAUAUCAGCCAGGCUGACCUGGAGGCAUUGGAACGAGAGCUGGCCCUGCAGAGUCCCAUGCAUGUCAGUUACGAUGGCAGCAUGUAA